CACGCUCGUUUGACCAAUCACAGAGACGAGAGAUGGCAUGCUAAUGAAGAGGGGGCGGGACAACGGACAGUUCCUCAACAGACGAUUCGUCCUGUCGCUGAGGGACGGCACACUAAAGUACUACACUAAACUCGAUGCUAAAGAACCCAAAGCCGUUAUAAAGGUGGACACCAUGAAUGCCUGCUUCCAGCCGGACAAGAUCGGAAACCCCAACGGCCUGCAGAUCACCUACCUGAGAGACAACAUCACACGAAACAUCUUCAUCUACCACGACAGCAGCAGAGAGAUCGUGGUGUGGUUUAACUGCAUCCGGGCGGCGCAGCUGCACUAUCUGAAGGUGGCAUUCCCUGGAGCCACGGACGCUGAGCUGAAGCCCAAACUGACACGCAGCUUUCUGAAAGAGGGAUACAUGGAGAAAACCGGCCCGCGGCAAACAGAAGGCUUUAAGAGGCGCUGGUUCACGCUGGAUCACCGGAGGCUCAUGUACUUCAAAGAUCCUCUGGACGCGUUUGCUAGAGGCGAGGUGUUCCUGGGGCACCGAGAUCACGGAUACCGCGUUACGAUCGGACUCCCCGCCGGAACCCACUACAACGGGACGUGGCAGUACGGCAUCACCAUAGAAACGCCCGAACGCAGCUUCCUGUUCAUCUGCGAAACAGAUACGGAGCAAAAAGAUUGGCUGAGCCAUUUUAAUGCAGUCAUGAACACUCCCAUGAGCCCACAGGAGUACACAGUGGAGGCCUACUUCAAACAACAGCACUGAUGGACCACUGAACUCUUGCCGUGACCUCUGACCUUUCACCUGUGACCUCUGCAGCUGACCCACCACAGAUCUCACAGCACGUGCCUCGGAUGUUUGUGUUUUUAAGUUGUUUUACACUAAGUAUUUGUAUGUAUUCUGUACUAUGAUUCUGUACCAUUAGAUCAUGAAACUCUGAGUAUUUUGUCCCCUAACAUAAAAUUUUCAUGUCUGCGUUUUCGAUGAACUGUUUGCGACCAAAUCUUACUUUUUAAAUCUUAUUUUUAAGCAUUCAAGUCUCCAUCUAGUGGUUAUAUUGAGUUAUUUCACAUCUGACCCUUCACAUGAACAUUUAUUAAACAAUUUUCAACUCACUUUUAAGUGAAAGUCAACUCUUCUGAACCUCUGGUUAUUCACAUAUUAAAGGGACAGUACAUAUAUUAUAUAGACUCUGUAUAUUUGAGGUUUUCUGUCAUAUGAUGGUUUGUGUGACGAACAGACUGAAAUAUGUCUCAACCAAUCUCAUUGGUUCUAGUGUGUCACAUGACCGUUCACUCAGAAUAUUUAAAUACACAUGGCCACAAAUUAGAUUUAAGAGCGACACUGCAAGAGAAGAAGAUUCUGAAGCAACAUGAGGGCGACUAAAUUAUGCCAGAAUUGUCUUUUACUGUAGUGUUACGAUCCCUCAGGGUUUAGUACAGCUUUUUAAUAAAAUACUGAUCUGA